CUGUGUCUCUGCUGUUACCAGUUGAUACUUGAAUAGCAUGACGAGUCAUGGAGGCACUUGUGUUCCGUGCUUGUUAAAAGAACAUUUUCGCAAUUUACGAUUGAAUUGUGUAUAAAAAACAGUAAAAUAAAUUUGUAAAGAUGUCUCUUUGCUUUCGUACUAUUUCAAAUAAAUUUACAUCGUUUGUAAAUACGAGAAAACAAGUAACGAAAAUCGACCGUCAAUUGCCAAAGAACGUGAAAUCGUCUUCAUUUUUGGAUGAGUUUUUAGGACUACAGACUUCAGUGGAUAUAAAAACAAACUUAACAGAUAGGAAUUUAGACGUUUUCACAGAUGUCUAUUCGUUCCAUCAGAAUCUGCUACCCAUUUUAGUUAAAUCUCAUCAGGAAUGGGAAAAAGCAUUGGUCAGGAGUUAUAUAAAAAAUGAAAAUGGGAUUUUGCGUAUAGAACAGAGUUUGAUGGAUUACAGCAGGUUCUCAAGUACAGAACCAAUGUUAAUCAAUCUGUUAUUAUAUGACAUUACCACAGAUUGUAAAGGAACGAAAGAUAAAUCUCUAAUAAGAGCUACAUCUUAUAUCGCAAAUAAUGAUAUUGACAUUUUCAUAAAUAAUAAUAGAUUUUUCUCUAAUAAACAAAUAUUUGGUGCUAUUGUGGAUAAUAAUUUGGAGCAAAGUACUAUUUUACUCACAAAUGGUGAAAACAUUAAAGCAAAAGAAGCUAGUAAUAAACAAGCAAUUAAAGGCAAUGAGGGUAGACCAUCGAAAGAACAAUUAGAAUAUAUAUUCACUUGUCUCAGCAAUGAUUUACCAAAAUUUUUUAUUAAAUCAUUGGAUUAUACUAUAUAUUCGACAGAUAUAAUAUUUAUUAAUAAUAUUAAGGGACUGACAACAAAGGGUAUGUUUAAUUACGUCAAACAAAUAGCUUUGGUAAAAACAAUUGGCCAUUUAAAAUUUGCAUAUAUAAAAUUAAAUGUAUUAAAGAUUACUAUUGAUCCGGAAGAUGAUACAAUAAAAGUACGUUGGCGAAUAAGUGGUAUUACAGGGCUAAAAGCACUUUUUACAUUAUGGAGAUUUAAAUUGUGGAAAAUGAAGGAAGCUCUAAAUGAUGCAGAAGUAUGGUAUGAUGGAUUUUCUACAUAUUAUGUGGAUGUUAAUGGCAAAGUAUAUAAGCAUGUAAUUGACAAGUUGAUGCCUGAUCAAAAUCAACUUUUUGAGAAAGGAAAACCAGAAGUUGCUACAAAACUUGCAUUGUUCAUAGGGGUUCAGGAUUUGUGAAUACUAAAUAGCAAUGAAUUUAUUUCAAAAUUAAAACAUAUUAUGCUUAAUGUAAAAUGAAGAGGAAACCAAAAGAUCACAUAAGUAGCGAAAUAAACACGAUUUAUGUACAUUAA